UACUAUUUUCAGUGUGAUUUUAUUUUAGUUUGAAGAAAUGCAUUCCGUUUAUAGCUGAUUGUUAUGGUUGAUAAUGAAAAGAGUCUACAUUACCUUUGAGAGUCUUGCUUUGUUGGAAAUAUGGACCCUGUUCAUUGUGUUGGCAUCAUUUACAGAAGGAAAGUACACAAAACUAGUUGGAAUGGACCAGAAAAAAGUGUGCCGAGAUCAAAACUCUGUUAUGGUUGAUUAUCUAAAGGAGAGAGAAUCGGCAUUAAUACUAGCCAAGACAGUGGGUUACAAGGAUGCUUCCGAGUCAAAGGACUGUAAUGUCAUCCUGGGGCCAGAUAGUCAGAGCCAGAAACAGUUUCUUCUACUCGAGUUUGAGAGUUUUCACAUGCCUGACUGUGAUGUAGAACUCAUCAUCCACCAAUGUCCGUUUGUCACAUUUGAUCGUGACAUCAUCUUUAUGAAACGUUUAGGUUGUAAGGACAGAAAUCCAAGAUCUCUGAUGACAAAGAAGAAACAUAAUGUACGGUUUAUACUACACAGAGAGUAUGUGACACCAAAGAGAGUAUACAACUUCAGGAUCAAUGUUACACUGACUGAUGCCUUGAGGAAACAGGACGAUGAUAUGUCAUUGGGUCUGAAAAUAGGAAUUGUUGGUGUGAGUGUAAUUGCAGCCAUCAUUGUGGCAAUCAUGGUGUUUAAAGCAGUGCGUCUGAAACUGAUCCUACGGCAGGAUUACCAUCAGGAGGAAGAACAAGAGAGCCAUCACGUCCUGACCAGUCUUUCUGACAGCCGACAACGUCUCCAGCCAAACAGCUACACAGAACUUGCCAAUAACAGAUCAGGAGAGAACCAGUACAUCAAUGCAAACCCCCGAGAGCAACACCCAGUGGAGGCACAGAUUGCGGUGGUAGCAGCUGUAACCAGGUGUGAUGAAGAACAUGUACCUCCAGCUGGUCCUGGAGACCAUGUCGCACACACCUAUGCAAACACCCAACAGGAGGAGGCCCCAGGGUUGCCCGAGUCUCCACCUCCCUAUGAAGAAGCCAUUGACAUGCCAAUCCCUGUCCCCACAUCAACAGUCAUAGAGAGUCCUUCACCACUUUAUCAGAAUCUGAACACCACUGAGAGCUGAUAGCAGUCGGGAACAAACCUCUCUGCUUGCCUUAUUUGCUGUAGCGUGAACAUAAUGUAUGCUUGUUAAAUACUUCUCCAGCUCAUACAAUCAGUACUGUUUAGAAAUGUUAUAAAUACUGUAAUACAAUGCCAUGAUACCACUAGAUAGUAGCUUCUUUGAUUAUGUUACUAUAAUUGUGGUGAAAUAUUGAACUAGGAUAAACUACAUUUGAUAGGUAAGAAAACAAACAUUAUCAGUCUUUAUACUCCAUAUAUAAUAUCAAAACUUUAUGCAGUCAGGAGAAUGGUGUUUUCUAAAAUGUAUUUCUAGUCAUUUGAUGGACAAAAAAAAUGUUUUCAGUAUGUCCAUCUCUUUUGAGUAUGAAAACUCUAUAGACAAGAGAAUGGAUUUUUUCUCUAAUCAUGAAUUCUAAGUUAGGAUUCCUAGUUCCUGUGAAAUGAUUUGGUAACACUACAGUAGAUAAACUUAAGGUAAAACAACACUCUGAUUAUUCCAACAUAUAAUUAAGUUUGACUUUUCUUAGCAAGUUAAUACAUGUUACAAAACAUUUUCUGUUUUUAACUUUUUAGCUCGUAAGCAAUUUUCUAUAUACUUGUUAUUUAUUUUUUAUCUCUGUUUUUACAAUAUUGUUAAAUGUUCAAUGCAAAGAGUUUUUCUUGCCAAAGAUGUAGGUUCAAGUAAUCUUGUUUACCCUACAUAAUACAACUACUUAAUGUAGUGAUAAUAAAGUCUUAUGAUACAUACCUGUGCUUGUAGAUGUACAGGUAUAUACAUUUGUCUUUUAAAUACUUAUAGUAGAUGUAAACAGAACAAGUUCUAAUUUGUUCUCUGUAAAGUAUUAUAAUUUCUUACAUUCUUUACGUUGAAGACUAAGCCAGCAUGAUUUAUUUGCAAAUUGAAUGUUUUUCACCAAUUAUUUACCAUAUACAAUGUAUAUAAAAAUAAUGAAAUUAGAAAUGCUUAUGGUUUCAUAUCAAAUCUUCAGAUGCUUUACAAUUAGUUUUGUAACCUGAGACGUCCU